GCGUUCCAAACAAUUGGGACCCGGGAUCCUCCGCGUGCGUUGUGUGCGGCUGCGCGGGCCCCCCGUCCUUCACACCAGCGCCUUUUUGCCAUGCCUUUCACCCGAGACCCUUUCCAGCACCCUACGUUGGAUAACGAUGAUUCCUACUUGGGAAAAGCCCGAGCUUCCAAGAAACUGCCAUAUAAGAACCCAAAUCACCUUGCUCAGCAACAGGAACCCUGGAGUCGGCUCAACUCAACUCCCACAAUCACCUCCAUGAGGCGGGAAGUUUAUUUUUUUGAUCCUGAGAUACCCAAGGAUGACCUGGAUUUCCGCUUAGCAGCCUUGUACAACCACCACACAGGGACAUUCAAGAACAAAAAUGAGACACUCUUACAUCAGGAGACCACCCAGGAUACCCAUGGAAUCAUCAAGACCCAAUUCCCUGGAGAACCUUUACCCCCUCCUCUGCCACCUUCCAUCACUUCCCAGGCUAACAUCAGACACUGGAUCAACCCUAAGAAGGAGUCUAUCCACAGCAUCCAGGGAUCCAUAGUGUCCCCUCAUACUGCAGCCACCAAUGGAGGCUACUCCCGAAAGAAUGAUGGUGGCUUCUUCUCUACCUAGUGUUGACAGGCCCCUGGACUAAUUAAUCAUAGUGGAACGUCCUUUCGCCCACCUCCAUUAAAUAGAUUUGUGCUGGAUGAAGCUUGAAGUGUGUUGCCCAAGGACUAAAAGUUGACACUUGACUACUCUUAAAAUAUGGAAGUUUCCCAACUUCUAGAAGUUAGUCCUGUUGGACAUAUUUGCAAUUUGGAGUCAUUUUGCUGAGAAGAUAAGGAUUUAGAAGUCAUUCCAAACAUUGAUGUAUCCAUUCAACAUUUCUUGCGAACUUUUAUAUGUCAGGCACUGAGCUAAGUGUUGAGGAAACAAGAAUGGACGUAGCCCAUUUUCUUAAUGAGCUCACACUGCCAUAAUUCUGGUAGUUCUGUGUGGCAUUAAUGGUUAUGAUGAGGUCACACUUAACAUACUUCGGACCAAGUGGAUUUUGUCAUCUAUUGGACUCUACCUUGCCAUGAGGGCUCGAUCUGUCUGGUCCAGGCUCCUUGCCAUUGCUCAUUCUCUGACUCUGCGGUCUUCUUGCCUGGGAGUCAAUUCCCUUCUUUGUCAAUUUGUGCCGUGAAAUACAGGCAGUUCUUCUAAA